GCUGCCCAGAUUGCAGAAGCUCCUUCUCGCUUUCCCUCCACGCCGCUCCCCCUCCCGGCCACCCGCCGCCGCCUCCCUCCCCUCCGCUCCUCCGGCUCCUUCGCCAGCGCGGGGAAGCUGCGGCAUCCUCCGCCGCAGCGCCCGCUCUUCUUCUUCCUCCUCCCUCCUCCGCGCCUCUUCCUCGCCGACCGCUCCCCGCAACCCCCGCCAUGCCACGGCCCCCAUCCGGCCCGGGGCAGCCCCUCCGCCCUCCUCACCCUCCUCCUGCUCCCCCCUCGCAGCCCCUCUGAGACCCCCCCUCCCCAUCCUCCCCCCCAUCGCCGCCCCAUCGCAACCCCCCCCCCCAAAGCAGGAUGGUGCAGAAAUCGCGCAACGGAGGCGUGUACCCGAGCGCGUCGGGCGAGAAGAAGCUCAAGGUGGGCUUCGUGGGUCUCGAUCCCGGCGCGCCGGACUCCACCCGCGACGGCGCGCUGCUCAUCGCCGGCCCCGAGGGCGGCAGCAAGCGCGGCUCCAUCCUCAGCAAGCCCCGCUCGGCCGUCUCCGGCAAGCCGCCCAAGAGGAACGCCUUCUACCGCAAGCUCCAGAAUUUCCUCUACAACGUGCUCGAGAGGCCCCGAGGCUGGGCGUUCAUCUACCACGCUUACGUUUUUCUACUCGUUUUCUCCUGCUUGGUGCUCUCCGUCUUUUCAACCAUUGAGGAAUAUGAGGACAGUUCUGAAGGUGCCCUUUACAUUCUGGAAAUAGUCACCAUUGUGGUCUUCGGUGUGGAGUAUUUUGUAAGGAUCUGGGCUGCUGGCUGCUGCUGCCGAUACCGUGGCUGGAGAGGAAGGUUGAAGUUCGCCCGAAAACCCUUCUGUGUCAUCGACAUCAUGGUGUUAAUUGCUUCCAUUGCUGUGCUGGCUGCUGGGUCCCAGGGGAAUGUCUUUGCCACCUCUGCACUCAGAAGUUUGAGAUUUCUGCAGAUCCUGCGCAUGAUCCGAAUGGACCGCCGAGGAGGCACUUGGAAGCUUCUCGGGUCGGUGGUGUAUGCCCACAGCAAGGAGCUGAUCACUGCCUGGUAUAUUGGUUUCCUUUGCCUCAUUCUAGCCUCCUUCCUGGUGUACUUGGCUGAGAAGGGAGAAAACGAUCACUUUGACACCUAUGCAGAUGCACUCUGGUGGGGCUUGAUUACACUGACUACCAUUGGCUACGGGGACAAAUAUCCGCAAACCUGGAAUGGACGCCUCCUUGCUGCAACUUUCACCCUGAUUGGCGUUUCCUUUUUCGCUCUUCCAGCUGGUAUUCUAGGUUCUGGAUUUGCACUGAAGGUUCAAGAGCAGCACCGCCAAAAGCACUUUGAGAAGAGGAGGAACCCUGCAGCGGGCCUGAUCCAGGCUGCGUGGAGGUUCUAUGCCACAAACCUCACUCGAACUGAUUUGCAUUCGACUUGGAAUUACUACGAGCGAACCGUGACCGUCCCCAUGUACAGCUCACAAACGCAAACCUAUGGGGCUUCCAGGCUCAUCCCGCCUUUGAACCAGCUGGAGCUCCUGAGGAACCUGAAGAGCAAAUCUGGACUGACUUUCAGGAAAGAGCAGCAGCCUGAGCCGUCUCCAAGUAAAAGCAAUCCGUCCAGAAAGUCUCUUUGUGGAUGCUGCUCAGGAAACUCUAGUCAAAAGGUCAGCUUGAAAGAUCGUGUCUUCUCCAGCCCUCGAGGUGCGGCCACAAAAGGUAAAGGUUCUCCUCAGGCCCAGGGGAUACGGAGGUCCCCUAGUGCAGACCAGAGCAUUGAAGACAGUCCCAGCAAAGUGCCCAAGAGCUGGAGCUUCGGAGACAGGAGCCGAGCAAGGCAGGCUUUCCGCAUGAAGGGAACCGCAUCCCGUCAAAAUUCAGAAGAUGCCUGCCUCCCCGGAGAAGACAUGCCUGAUGCCGACAACAAAAGCUGCAACUGCGAAUUUGUGACCGAGGACCUGACACCGGGCCUUAAAGUCAGCAUCAGGGCAGUGUGUGUCAUGAGAUUUCUGGUUUCCAAGCGGAAGUUCAAGGAGAGCCUGAGGCCCUAUGAUGUCAUGGACGUCAUUGAGCAGUACUCGGCGGGACAUUUGGAUAUGCUUUCCAGGAUCAAAAACCUCCAGUCCAGGAUAGAUAUGAUUGUGGGCCCCCCGCCCCCUUCAACUCCCCGGCAUAAGAAGUAUUCAACCAAAGGAUCACCCCAAUACUCGCCUAGAGUUGACCAGAUUGUUGGGAGAGGGCCGUCAAUGACAGAUAAGGACCGAACCAAAGGCCCAGGUGAAGGGGAGCCUCCUGAAGAUCCAAGUAUGAUGGGCAGACUUGGAAAGGUGGAAAAACAGGUCCAGUCCAUGGAGAAGAAGCUGGACUUCCUGGUCAACAUCUACAUGCAACGGAUGGGGAUCCCACCAAACGAAACAGAAGCCUACUUUGGGCCGAAGGAACCUGACCCAGCACCGCCCUACCACAGCCCAGAAGACAGCAGGGAGCACAUUGACAAAAACGGUUGCAUCAUCAAGAUCAUUCGCUCCACGAGUUCGAUGGGACAGAAGAAUUUCUCUGCACCUCCUGCCACAACGGUGCCAAACAACUCAUGCCCCCCUUCCACUUCUUGGCAGACAUAUCAACGGCAAAGCCACGGGACCUCCCCAGUUGGCGAUGCUGGUUCUUUGGUGAGAAUCCCACCUCCACCUUCUCACGAGCGCUCCUUCUCUGCCUACGGUGGUGGGAACAGGGCCAGCGCUGAGUACGCAAAGAAUGAAGACAUUACAGCUAAGCACGCAGAGAGUGCUCUGAGGGACAGUGACACCUCUAUUUCUAUCCCAUCAGUGGACCACGAGGAACUGGAGCGUUCCUUCAGUGGGUUCAGCAUCUCACAGUCCAAAGAAAAUUUGGACGUCCUUAACAACGGUUGCUACACUGCUGUGGCCAAAAUCAGACCUUACAUAGCAGAAGGGGAGUCAGAUACGGAUUCUGACCUCUGCACACCCUGUGGGCCUCCGCCGAGGUCAGCAACCGGCGAGGGACCUUUCAGUGACAUGGGCUGGUCAGCUCCUAGGCAGUGAAGGAAAAGAAAGCCACCUGAACACAACUUCAAGAGCAUGGGGCAAUGAUGCUGUCCACAUACCGGACAUCUUCAGGAGACUGGGCGCUAAUGUUCUGCAACCCAGAAAUUGUGGGUGUUUUGCCACAGCUUGGUCCGGGGGCGGUGGGAGCAGAAGCUACGCCUGCUCUCUCCAAAAAACGAGAGGGGGCAUUGUAGUGAAUAAUUUUGAAAUGUCUGGAUUUCAUACAUACCAUCUUUCUAAACUAGAUAGGUGAAACUGUGAUCUUACUCCAGGGUAGGUAGCCGUGAGUAAUCUUUUAAGCUAAGAGGGCACACACAUCACUAAGACAGUGGUUGUGCAAUUGGUGAGACAAUUUCUUCUUUUUUUGACUAAGAGUAGGCAAUGGCACUGAGCUAUCAGGUCACACACAAAAAACAUGCUAGUGUUACAAAAGAAACGUGUCACUAAUUAUGCCUUGGGGGGAGGGAGAAACAGAGCUGUAAUGUACAUUGACGAAAGGUGGUUUAAUUAUGAUUGCAGAGAAAUUAGCUGGGAAGAGCCGUACAUUGAACGAUUGGUGUCCAAAUGGCAGAAACACAAAUUUUCAGUGACAAAAUUGUCUUGUGGUAUUGGAUUGGAGACAGGACCACAGCUUCAGUAGGUGUGCUUGAGCUCAAAGAACAGCAGUCUGUGUGGGAUGUGAGACUGCUUUCACAUGAGAUGCUUUCAUCCUUUCCUUUUUUAAAAACAACAACGACAACAAUCACAUCUGCAGGAUAGCAUCAAAACAGUUAUUGAUCUGCAUGCUCAGAGAUUUAGAUGUUUUUGCACUCUUUGGAAUACUGUUUUCUAACGCAGGAGAGGACACACCUCCUUGGAAGGACAGUCUGUGUGCUGUGGUAGAGAAAGGGUUUUUGGAGCCGAGAAAGGUCCUAGGUCAGUUUGCAAGAACAGGGCCAUAAUGAUGCGCCCACCAGCUCAUGCCCAUUUCAUAGCCACAUUUCUAGGGUCUCUUGUUCAAGUUUAGGGUGGCUGCUCCUCAUGUUAGGUGACACAGUGGCUCUGUUUGUGAGCUCAAAAAAGGAAAGAGGCAAGUCUUCCUCGCAGAAGCAGACUUCAGGAAAGCAUGAAGAUAAUGCCUUGCAGCCCUCCAACACAGUGUAGAUAAGAAGUGUGAAAUUUCAUAAGAAGGUGUGGCGGCAACUCCGAGAUCAGAAGUCCCACAGGAGUUGCGAAAGCAAGAAGACUCCAGUUGCGAGAGGGGAUUCACUUUAUGGGGGAGAUUAAAACUGAGCUAAGGGCUUCUGGGCUCCAAAGCUGAAAGAAGUUUGUGACUUCUGCGCUUUGCAAUCAGCAGGGAAGCUUUAGCGUUCACCCCACUUCUUGUGAUGAAAUCUGCUUCUCUCUAGCCUAUCCACUCGCAGAUGGAUGUCUCUCUUUUGUUAACCUUGUCCCAAGUCCAGAGCUGCUUGCCUCGAUUUUGCCUGACGGACUUCCUUUCAGCUUCCAACCCAGAUCCAUUUUUGACCGUUGCCACUUGAAAUAUCCUGCAUUCCCCCCACUCCCACGCAUUAUAUUAAAAGUUGGAAAUGUUCAGAUAGGGAAAGGCUAGGAGGGAGAAUAGAUGUGCAAAGCUAGCAGGGAGAAUUUCCAGGGGCCUUAUCAAAAUGUUUGGUGUUCAGAGAAGGGCACUGUCUAUCUGCUGACAGCAGAUUCACAUUGUGGGCUUGUCCCAAGACUUGUCUUCCAGAGUUUCGGCAUGGUAUGAGCUGUUUCAAAAUCCAUUUUAUGGGAAACAGUGAGGGAAUACCCCAGUUCCCAUUUUCUUUGCUAGCCUUCACUCUCAAAUAUACAUGAUGCAGAUGUCAGUAUGAAAUCGCAACACGGAUGAGUUUGGCAGUUUCCAACUGUGAUAUGUGAAGAUGGCUCUGAUACUUUCUUGGUCAGCGUAGACAUUUUCAGAUCUGGCUACCCAGCAAGUAAAGUCAGUUUAGUAGCCCAGAAAGUUCACAACAUAAAAAGCCAGGAGAUAGCAGGCCCUUUUUCUGCUUUUUAAUAUUUCCCAUGAUGCGGAUUUUCAUGAGAUCGCCCUAAACAGGAAGUGAUGUAGUGAAUGUACAAAUGAGAACAGACCAGAUAAAGAGUUAUGUUAAUCUGCUACAACAAAGCCAAGAGACUCUUAGAACAUUUUAAAGAUUAAUAGAUUUAUUGUGGCAUGUGUUUUGGGAGGCAAAAUUACAUUCAGUUAGAGAAAUCUUAGCCAAUUAAUCAUAGGAGCUUUAAUCUGCAUAAAUGUGCACGCAAAUAAAUAAAACAGAAGUUCUGGAGAAUAAAAACUCUAUCAAAUAAUGUACGAGUAAUCACCAUCUCAGAAGAAGCAGUAGUUACUCUUUGGUGAGACAGAAGGAGAAAUAACCUGUCAGAGAAAGAAUUUGUAAUUUUCCUUAAAAGAAGACAUUUUUCUACUUAUAAAAACCUCCCUUGAUGCGGGGGGGGGGGCUUUUAAAUAUUGGUUGAUUAGCAUUUCCAAGCAGUGUGCAUAAACACAAACCACACGUAGGAUAAAGCAAGAAAAAAUCAGCACAAACCCAAACAUUACCCUAAUAUUUAUUUGUUUAAGGCAUUGAAAUGUAAUCACUAUUUAAAAGUUGCACCAGUAUGGUAUGUGUAUAUAUACGUACACAGACAAGCCUGCAACUAAUAUGACUGAGAGAACAAAAUGUUUUGGAAACUGUAGGAAUAAACACAUAUGGAAAGUAUACAUGAGUCAACCGACUGAAAGAAACACCUUUCAGUCACAAUGAAACCAUAGGUUGAACUGGGGUUCAAGUAGAUUGACAUCAGCCAUAAGUUGUUAUGAGAGUUAAUCAACUUAGAUUGUGAUUCAGGCUUCCAGUACAGCAGCCUCGCAUUCUAGCUGUCUAUUAAACUACCUUUGCUUGUUUACAGUGAUCUGUAAUGGAAAGUAUGAUACGGAAAUGGAAAUGUCCCCCUUCCACUGAUUUGUCUAUUCUGCCCUAUCCGAUUUGUGCUCAUUGAUCUGCCUUGUACAGGGACAGCCUUGUUUGUCCCAUGCAAACCGUACAGGGGCACUGCUGAUCACAAGUGAUGGCAUGCAUCAGGUUGCAGGAACAGGUGCCUAGAUUUUUAUUCAGUCCUCUAAUGGUGAACUGAACCCAAAACCUGUCUGUGCAAACAGAUCCCAAGAGUUCCCAUUCCCUGAGCCACUUUUUUUAAAUAUCAAUGUUUGUUUGUUAACUUUCCUUAAAGAAGAAAGAGAGGAAGCAAAUUUACAACUGCCAAGGAUUUUUGACAUAAGGAAUAAUGGCAUUAAAGGCGCAGUGCAAGGUUAUGGUGUUGGUGGCGUUCCAGCUGAAAUCCAACCUGAGACAUAUUCAUUAUGAGAAUGUUAGGAGGGUCAAAUAAGAAGUCUUCUCCUUCAUCCUGGAAUCUUCUUGUUGUGAUAAUUGAGUUUCUGGGAGGAUGUUUUUUGGGCAGAGUUAAUACUGAAUAUAAAUACGCUGUAUUUAUUCAUUGCAGUGUAGUUGUUGACCCUCCGUAGGCACAAUAUUAUGUGCCUUAUAGUAAGUCUAAAGGGAGACAAACACAAUCUUUUGAUAGCUUAUUAACCAAGCUUAUAUUUUUAGUUCUGAGAUAACGCCACUCAUAGCCUCUCCCCGCUGCUGAAAUACCCUAGAAAACUCAUUUUAUAUGAGUGUGUGCUUCUCAGGCUAGCAUUCAGCUUUGGCCCACAAAGGCAUGCCAAGCAAGACACGUAGGAAACAAUGCCUUGUGUAUAGCUCCGCGCUCCCAAAAUGUUGCCAAGAGAAGAUUGCAAAACAUAAUAUUCAUAUGCAAAUGCUAGCAAGCAAAUCCACCAUCUCAGUAGGUUUGGCAGGCAAUACUGAUAUACUGACCAUCUGUGAUGGCAGCACAUCAUAUUUUUAUUGUGGAAGAAAAUGUCUAAAUAUAAAACUCCGUUGGAUAAGUUGAGACAUCUAAUAUCUAAAUGGUAGUAGUAGUAGCAGUUAGCAUGCAUGGAGCACUUUGGAAUGGUCAAAGUGCUUUGCAUAGAUUACCAUGGUUAGCCUUACAAGAAUCCUGUAAGGUACCUUUGUUUUAUCCCUAUUUCAGAUCCAUGUUUUUU